UGAAUUUGUACGGGAAUGUUAAUUACACUUGAUUAAGGAGCGAUAUGAAAAAACUGUGAAUAGCCUAAUCGCUGAUAAGGCAAGGAUGGGUUUAAGGGUGGCUUUGUAGAGGCGACAGGAAUGCAGAGGCAGAAGACAUGGAGACCAUGAUGGUGAAUAGAGCUUCUCGUUCCUGCUCUACAAGCCCUAACGCCAUUCUCAAACCUUAUGCAGCUUUCCCCCAAUCCAGAAGACAAUGGCGGGUGAGAAGCAUUCGCUUGACCAGUGCAACGAGAAAAAUCUUCUUUAAGCCCCUCUUCCCUUGCCAACCCAUAACCAAAAUUUACAGUGCUUGUCAGAGUUGUGGAAUCUUGGAGAACGAAUGCCAAGAUACUAAAAAUGAGAAUUUGGUAGCAAUUUUAAAAGCCUUGCUUAAAGGUUUGCAGAGGCUUCACGAAAACAAGGUAGUUGUGGUGGUGGAGGUUAUUCGGAGAUUUAUGGCCUUGGCAGUGGUUUUAUUAGCCUUGGGUUUUGUUCCUCUACAGAAGCGCGCAUUGGCGGCGCCUGCAGCAGUGGCAACUUUGGAGAGUAAUCAUAUCAAGAAAAACGAGGAGAGCGAUAUCAGUGCUUACAAGCGAGAACUGGAUGAGGCGGUCGAGCUGAUAGAGAAGAGGCUGCAGGAGGUCCGGGGAAGCGACGACAAGGAUAAGCUACAGAGGCUUGAAGAGGCUAUCCGCCUUCUAAGGGCCAAAACUGUCAACGUGCGAAGCAACGUGUUGAUUCACACGCAGGCAUCUGUUAGGCGGUUGAAGACUUUAGAGGCACGCCUGCUCAAACAAGCCGAGCAGCUCGCAAAGAACUUUGUGAAUGCAACGAAAGAACUUGAUCAACAGGCGGAUGAAAAUAUGAAAGUCAAGAGUGAAAAUAAGGUUAGGGAUGCAGAAAACAAGUUCAGAGCAGUUUGGUCCGAGCUUACUAAACUCGAGGCGGAUUUAGUGACUAAGGAAACUGAGGGAUUGCGGCUUGCCUUUCGACAGAUUCCUGCCAUCCAAGACAGGGUUGAUCAACUGUUUCAGCCCAAACCAAAUCCCCCUUCUACAAGUGAAUAUGAAAGAUCUACAGAGGAAUCAAAUGUGACACAGAUCAGGAAGAAUUUAGAAGAUGCAAACAAGAAGACAUGGGAACGGAUAAUAUUGCCAAGUGCAGUUGAUUUGGAGGAAUCGGAACUGCCUAUUGAUGGGGAAAAGCAAAAGACACUGAAACGUAUAAAGGUAGAGUCACAAAAGUCAAGGGAGAUGCAAGAAGAGUUAGAGAGUUUAGUCAGAAAACAGUUGAAGGUAGCUGGUGAAGAGAAACUUCUGCUUGUUGUAACACCACAGAAGGAUGUUGUGAAAGGUUUUCCUCCGGUGGAGUUGAAAUGGCUUUUCGGUGAUAAAGAUGUACAUGUUCCUAGAGCUGCAAGUUUUCAUAUGGCUCAAGGAUGGAAAAAGUGGCGUGAAGAAGCCAAAGCAAAUCUCAAAAGCAAAUUGCUGGAAGAUGUAGAGCUUGGUAAAAAAUAUAUUGCUGAAAGACAGGAACGUAUUCUCUUGUAUCGUGAUAGAGUCAUCACAAAAACAUGGUAUAAUGAGAAUGAAAAGAGAUGGGAGAUGCACCCAGUUGCCGCUUCCUAUGCAGUUACUAAACAGUUGGUAGCUCGGGCUCGUAUUCGACAUGACUGGGCUAAGAUGUAUAUUGUUCUUAAGGGUGAUGACAAAGAAUACCAUGUUGAUAUUCAGGAAUUUGAUGUUUUUUUCGAACAAGCUGGAGGAUUUGAUGGACUUUAUGUGAAAAUGGUCACUUCUGCAAUUCCAAUCUCUGUAGAAUUUAUGUGGAUACCAUUUAAGGAAUGGGAUCUCAGGAGUCAAAUUGUGAUUCCAAUUAAAGUUCUCUGUCAGGCUUCCAUUGUAAUAUGGAAUUCAAAACUGCUGUCUACAGUAAGGACUUGGUAUCUAAGUAAGUUGACUCUUAUUUGCGAUGACAUCAUGGUUCAGGAAGGCUUCAAUUUCUUAUAUAAUCUGGCUCGGAAUAAGCUUUAUGACUCCAUAUGGUUCUUGGAAUGGCGAAUACGCACAGAAAAAAGGUUUGAAAGAGCAACAGCAGGUUCCCAUGUAACACAGAGCAGAGUCAGACGUGGACGCAGUGGAGGCAAAGGCUCAUUCAGCAGUUUAUUUUGGUGGUCUUUAAAACUCUAUAUUAGAUCUUUGUUUUAUUUAUAUCCGCUUCUAAUGUUGUUUAGAUAUCUACGUGAGAAAUCUUCUGGAGUUGUUGAACUGUUGUCAGAUGUAGCAUCUGCACAGCCUCCAUGUCCUGAAAAAGCGAUGCGCAGGGGACUGAUAAAUCGAUUUCUCAAACAAGGAGGCUCCCUUGUAAAGAGUGAUAUUUUGGUAUGGGGUGAUAUAAAAGUUGCUUUCGACAGAAUGAAGAGAAUAAGGAACCCUCCUACACGCUUGAGGGACUUAGCUGGAAUUGAUGCUGUGAAAGAUGAAAUCAUCGAGAUCGUAACUUUCUUGAAAAGUCCAAAACACUUCCAAGAAAUGGGAGCUAGAGCACCUCGGGGUAUUCUUAUUUUAGGUGAUCGUGAAACACCCAAACAGACGUUAGUGCUUGCAAUUGCUGCAGAAGCCAAAGUUCCAUUAGUGGAAGUGAAAAUCACUGACUUUAUAGGUAUUAGAGACAAAGUUGGCCAAGGUCCUGCAAGGGUUCGUGAGCUAUUCCAAACUGCAAGGGAGUUGGCACCUUUGAUUAUUUAUAUGGAUGCUUUUGAUUCUUUUGCUGCUGCUCGUGGAGAAAGCAAUGACGUGCUACUAAAAUUUCAGGAUAUGAGAGAUCAUGAGGCUAUUAUAAAUCAAUUAUUAGUUGAACUUGACGGAUUCGAAACACAAGAAGGGGUUGUUUUCAUUGCUUCGGCAGAAAGGCCUGAUGCCAUUGAUGAAGCUUUACGUCGUCCAGGACGCAUGGACAGAACGAUUACUAUAUCUUUACCAACUGAAAAAGAAAGGAGGACAAUCUUACAAUCUGCAGCAAAAGGGAUGACACACGGUGAUCAUAUUGAUUGGGAAAAGGUUGCGGACAAAACAUCUGGGUUAACUGCUUCACAAGUGCAGUUGGUUCCACUUUCAUUGCAAUUCACUGCCCUUGCUGGAAGGACUGUUGAUGAGGAGGAACUGUUCAGUAUUUAUGGGUGGCUUGUGACCAUAAGUGGUGUAAUCCCAUCAUGGUUGAAGCAAAGUAAGUGGAUGAAGAAGUUGAAUGAAGCACUCAUAGAUCGGCUAGGCUUGCGAUUAACCAAGGAAGAUAUGCAAUCAACAGUUGAAUUAAUGGAACCGUAUGACAUGAUAAACCCUGGAUUGGAGCUUCAAAGCCCUCCAAUUACUUGGACAAGAGAUUUCAAGCUCCCACAUGCUGUUUGGGCUGCUGGCAGAGGAUUGGUGGCUCUUCUUCUUCCUAACUUCUAUUCAGUAGAUCUUUUAUGGCUUGACCCAACUUCUUGGAAGGGUGUUGGAUUUACAAAGUUAACAAGACAUGGAGGAGGGGACCUUGCAGACUUACAAACAAAAAGCCGAUCAUAUCUAGAAAAGGAACUUGUUCUUUGUUUUGGUUCAUAUGUUGCUGCUAGGCUUCUGCUUCCAUCUGAAGAAAGCAAUAACUUGUCAAAAAUGGAAAUUGAAAAGGCAAGACAGAUAGCGACAAGGAUGGUGCUUGAAUAUGGUUGGGGUCCGGAUGACAACCAUAUGGUUUAUUGGACUACAAAUUUGGAAUAUAGAGGUAACCUAUAUCUAGGCAAGGACCAUAAACUUGAACUUGAGGCAAAAACUGAGAAGUUAUUCAACAUGGCUUGUGAUAAAGCUGCAGAACUGCUUCUGAAGAACCAAAGAGCAUUAAAUGCUUUAGUGGAGCAUUUGCUUGAACAUGAUGUUGUGAACAAACAGAGCAUGUUAAGAAUUAUGGAAGAGAAUGGGGCAAUUCAGGAGCCAGAUACAUUUAUGCUUAUAACCUACCAGAACUAUGAGAUUUCUGCAAGUAUGACUACAAAUGGGACGGGCAGGUUUUCUGAAACAACAGAGCCUGCAACUUAUGGAUUUUGAGGCCUGCUAUCUUGUAUCAUAUGUCCAAUUCUGUGAUUUGACAUUCAUGUACACUGACUACUAUCAUUAUUCAGAAAUAUUACAAUAUAAUCAUUCAAUGCAUCUUUUUAUGUGUAAGUUCUACACGAUAAUCCUGAUACAUUUUUUAAUUUAAUAACUGCAACCCUAAUAUUCAAGCAGUUUUGAAAUGAAAUAAUCAUAUUUUGUUA